AUGGCAAGCGGACAAGUGAGGAUGGCAGGAUCCAUGCCUUCCAGAGGAGGAAAGCGCCGCUCUGGAAUGGACUUCGAUGAUGAAGAUGGGGAGGGGCCCAGCAAAUUUUCCAGGUAUGAUGCUGAUCAAAUCUCUGGUGAUAAGGAAAAGUUUGCAAGGUGGGACGAUUAUCAAAGUACUGCUGACACUGAAAGGAUGGCCGGGGAGAAUCAUAGUGAAAUUGAGAGACGCAGGAGAAACAAGAUGACGCAGUAUAUCACCGAACUGUCUGACAUGGUACCCACGUGUAGCGCCUUGGCUCGGAAGCCUGACAAGCUAACAAUUCUUCGGAUGGCCGUUUCGCACAUGAAAUCAAUGAGGGGCACAGGAAACAAAUCUACUGAUGGAGCUUACAAGCCUUCGUUUCUUACAGAACAGGAACUGAAACAUCUUAUCCUGGAGGCUGCAGAUGGGUUCCUCUUUGUAGUUGCAGCUGAGACGGGGAGAGUGAUCUACGUAUCCGAUUCUGUGACUCCUGUGCUGAACCAGCCACAGUCUGAAUGGUUUGGCAGCACUUUGUACGAACAGGUUCAUCCAGACGACGUGGAAAAGCUGCGAGAGCAACUAUGUACAUCCGAAAACUCUAUGACAGGACGAAUCCUCGACUUGAAGACUGGAACAGUAAAGAAAGAGGGUCAGCAGUCCUCCAUGAGAAUGUGCAUGGGAUCAAGGCGCUCUUUCAUUUGCAGGAUGAGGUGUGGAAAUGCUCCUCUGGAUCAUUUACCUCUGAACAGAAUAACCACCAUGAGAAAAAGAUACAGGAAUGGCCUUGGCCCAGUAAAAGAAGGUGAAGCACAGUAUGCUGUUGUCCAUUGCACUGGCUAUAUCAAGGCUUGGCCACCAGCAGGGAUGACUAUACCAGAAGAAGACGCUGAUGUGGGACAAGGUAGCAAAUAUUGCCUCGUGGCAAUAGGAAGGCUUCAGGUAACCAGCUCUCCAGUGUGCAUGGACAUGAACGGCAUGUCGGUCCCCACUGAGUUCUUGUCUAGGCACAACUCUGAUGGAGUCAUCACCUUCGUCGACCCAAGGUGCAUCAGCGUCAUUGGCUACCAGCCCCAGGAUCUUCUGGGGAAAGAUAUUUUAGAAUUCUGCCACCCUGAAGAUCAAAGCCAUUUGAGAGAGAGUUUCCAACAGGUUGUGAAGCUGAAAGGUCAAGUCCUGUCUGUGAUGUAUCGUUUUCGUACCAAAAACCGGGAAUGGAUGCUCAUCAGAACCAGCAGUUUCACGUUUCAGAAUCCUUAUUCCGAUGAGAUUGAAUACAUCAUCUGCACCAACACUAAUGUAAAAUGCCUUGGGGAAUCGUACGUCAUGGUAACCGUUGAUUUCCGCCUUCUGCCUAAGCUCCCGCUGAGGCUGGAUGUUCAGCAGUGA